CUCACGCAUCCAGAGCUUCCACCAGCAAGACUCUCAACCACCCUCCCGCCACAUCUUUUCACAUCGUUGGGAAGAAGAGGACAUAGGCCUGUUCGAUUCCCUUCCCAGGCCUUGCCAUACCGAGUCCCUUUCGCAAUUGCUUCAACGUCAUCAUCAUCUCCCCGCUUAGCCAAGAUGUCGCAACACGCCUUAUCCGACCAGCAGGUCGACAAUGAGCUCCGCAAGAUGACCGCCUUCAUCAAGCAGGAAGCCAUGGAAAAGGCCCGCGAGAUCGAGAUCAAGGCCAACGAGGAGUUCGAGAUCGAAAAGUCAAAGCUCGUCCGCCAGGAGACCGACGCCAUCGACACCCAGUACGAGAAAAAGUUCAAGCAGGCCACCAUGUCCCAGCAAAUCACCCGGUCGACCGUCGCCAACAAGACACGGCUCAAGGUGCUCGGCGCCCGGCAGGAGCUGCUCGACAGCAUCUUCGACGAGGCCCGGAAGCAGCUCGCCUCGGGGGUUAGCGACAAGGAUAAGUACCAGAAGACGCUGACCGGGCUCGUGCUGGAGGGCUUCUACGCCAUGAACGAGUCGGAGGUGCAGCUUCAGGCCAAGAAGGCGGACUACGAUGCUGUCAAGAAGGCCGUUGAGGAGGCGGCCAAGGAGUACAAGAAGGAGGUUGGCAAGGACGUUUCCGCCACAAUUGACGAGUCCAAUCCCCUAGAUGAUUCAACUGCCGGCGGCAUCAUCAUCCUCGGCGGAAAGGGAAAGAUUGACAUUGACAACACCCUAGAGGCCCGAUUGCAGCUGCUAGAACACGCUGCGGCACCGGCCGUACGAGAGAACCUAUUUGGAAAGAACCCCAACCGCAAAUAUUACGAUUAGAUUCAUUCCAGAAAUCACUUGGCAACAUAUAUCUUAUUACCUUGAUUCGAGAAAGGGGGGGAAGAUGAGAGAGUAGAGGGGCCAGCAUGUUGAAAGCUCCGAGGCAUGCAUUUUGUCGACUUAGUCUGUGCUUUUUUUUCUAGCUUAGAUGUUGUAUCAUAUGUCAUUACAAAGCUAAGUUUCGUUCUUCUAAUCAAAUACUCAAUGAAACAAAUCCUCAGGCCCGCGGGCUACCCGAUAUAUGCUCUCCAAACGCCAUUGUUUCUCAAAUCCAUCAAUGCAAUACCAAAUAACAUCAAUUACAAGAAAUGCUCCUGAUUUCUUCUUUCUUCAAUCGCUCUCUGCUUGCGGC